UUUGUCUAUAUUGCGAUAAAGUUCUAAAGACGCUUAAAAUCAUGGGCAUUGUUAUUGAUAACCUUGAUAACUGGCGGUCCUUCUAAAUGUCAUCAAGUACUCUCGUAGGUUAGAACCCGUGAACCAUUGUAAAAGUUAUGAGCCAAAUGGAAGAAAAUGUUGAUUCACAGACUGAAGAGGUUAUGGACGAGAAGAAAAUCGUCACGGAUCAAAGACAAGAAUAUCCGAUAAAAUAUAGACAGGAUUUGACACCUUACUUUGAGAAGACUGAUCACAGUAUUAACGAUGUUUAUUUUUCAGAGGUUCCUCAAAUCUGCAAAGAUGAGCCCUGCCAAUUAGGGGUGGACGAAGCAGGACGCGGUCCAGUAUUAGGACCGAUGGUUUAUGGAAUUUGUUACUCUCCGCUAUCCCAAAAGGAACUUCUGGUUGAGCUGGGAUGUGCAGAUUCGAAGAGUCUGACCGAAGAGAAAAGGGAUGUCAUUUUUGAUAAAAUCGGCGAUCAUUCCAAUAAAAUAGGCUGGGCCGUGGAAGCAAUCUCACCAAAUAUUAUCGCUAACAAUAUGUACCGCCGAAGCAAGACAUCGCUGAAUGAGAUUUCCAUGAACUCGGCAAUUGAAUUGAUACAGAAAGCUAUAGAAUUAGGGGUUAAUAUAUCAGAAGUAUACGUGGAUACCGUUGGUAAGCCAGAAAAAUAUCAGGCCAGACUAAAGCAGAUUUUCCCUGAAUUUAAAAUCACGGUGGCAAAGAAAGCUGAUUCCACAUAUCCAAUAGUCAGCGCCGCUAGUAUAUGUGCCAAGGUAUCAAGGGAUCACGCUUUGCGAGCCUGGCAGUUCCGGGAGGGCACGAACGAGAAUGAGUACGGUAGUGGAUAUCCAAACGAUCCUGUAACUAAAAAAUGGUUGACAGACAACGUGGACAACGUAUUCGGAUUCCCUCAAAUUGUCAGAUUCAGUUGGAGUACCGCCGAGACAAUACUGGAGUCCAAAUCUUUAAGCGUCGAAUGGGAGGAGGUAGAAGAGGAAGGAACGCCAAAGGAACAGAAGAUAUCAAAAUACUUCACAUUCUCGCCCAAAUCCGGCAGUGCAAAAAGAGAGAAGCACAAAUUCUUCUCGGAACGAUGCCUCUCAAAUAUCAAUACCUUAUGACAUAAUCAAACGGAAUCGCUCGUGACAUUUAUCCAAUGUUGAUAUCUCGAUAGAAUAAGCCACCAGAACGCAUUUCUCCAUAGUCCAAUUCCGCAGUCCGAGAAUCUUAUUUUUCACAGCGUUUUAAAUGUUGACAUUGCAGCAAGCUAUCUUUUGAUACAGACUUUUAUCGUUAAAUAAUAUAUAAGUUUUAACAUCAAAUGAUCAUUCUAACAGGUUAGACGUUUUUGUACACCUCGAAUAUAAUCAAAAUAUACAAGGAACCACUCUUCCGAUUUCUACCAUAA